AUGGCAGACACAGCAGAGAUCAUUACCUCAACGGCCGCGGCCGCGGCCACACCUACAGCUCCAGUUGACACAGUACUCCAAGACGGACAGGGAGAAGAGCAGCAAGAAACAACACCAAAUGACGACAACGCGCUCGUCCAGCAAAAUUCCGAGACCGCGGUGACAGCCACUGACGGGGACGGCACACAGAAGAAAACAAAGAAGAUCAUUCGACGGAAAAAGCGGCCUGCACGGCCGCAGGUCGAUCCUGCGACACUGAAGUCGGAGCCGCCCCCGCAGACAGGAACGGUCUUCAACAUCUGGUACAAUAAGUGGUCUGGCGGCGAUCGCGAGGACAAGUAUCUCUCGAAACAUGCAGCGCCAUCGCGGUGCAAUAUUGCGAAGGAUAGUGGAUAUACGCGCGCGGAUAAAGUGACGGGUUCUUACUUCUGUUUAUUUUUUGCUCGCGGAGUCUGUCCUAAAGGCCACGAAUGCGAAUACCUCCACCGCCUCCCUACACUUCACGACCUUUUCAACCCGAACGUCGACUGUUUCGGUCGAGACAAACACAGCGACUACCGCGACGACAUGGGCGGAGUCGGCUCCUUCAUGCGCCAGAACCGCACGCUAUACGUUGGCCGGAUCCACGUUACCGAUGAUAUCGAGGAAGUUGUCGCGCGGCACUUCGCAGAAUGGGGCCAGGUCGACCGGACUAGGGUCCUUACAUCGCGCGGUGUCGCGUUCGUCACGUACACCAAUGAAGCGAACGCGCAAUUCGCAAAGGAGGCAAUGGCGCACCAGAGCUUAGACCAUAACGAGAUUCUGAAUGUGCGGUGGGCGACGGUUGAUCCGAAUCCAUUGGCGCAGAAGCGUGAGGCGAGGAGGUUAGAGGAACAGGCUGCUGAGGCUGUAAGGAGGGCGCUGCCCGCGGAGUUUGUGGCGGAGCUGGAAGGGAGGGAUCCGGAGGCGCGGAAGCGGAAGAAGAUUGAAGGGAGCUAUGGGUUGCAGGGGUAUGAGCCUCCGGAUGAGGUGUGGUUUGCUCGGGCGAAGGAGUUGGAGGGCCCCGGGGACGAAGCUGCACAGCUUGAGGCCCCCGAGCAGCCGCUCAUGAUUGAGGGCGGAAACUUCUCAACGCCACAAGCUGAAGCUGAAUCAGGCGGCGGUAUCUUCUCGAGCUCCACUGUCGCCGCGUUGCGAGGAUUGAGUGGUGGUAAUGUGACGACAAAACAAGCGCCGCAGGCUUCAGGGCCUCUGGUGGCGUACGGAAGUGAUGAUGACAGUGAUUGA